GUCUAGAGAGCGGCUGGAGCCAGGCAGGAGCGCGAGGUGCAGGAGGCCGGCGGGAGGUGGGCGAGCCGCGGGAAGCAGGCACCAUGGUGCUGUCGGUACCUGUGAUCGCGCUGGGCGCCACGCUGGGCACUGCCACCAGCAUCCUUGCGCUGUGCGGGGUCACUUGCUUGUGCCGACACAUGCACCCCAAGAAGGGGUUGCUGCCGCGGGACCGUGAGCCAGACCCAGAGAAGGCGAGGCCCGGUGUGCUCCAGGCGGCCCAACAGUUCAACGUUAAAAAGUCCACGGAGCCUGUCCAGCCCCGACCUCUCCUUAAGUUCCCGGACAUCUAUGGUCCCCGGCCAGCCGUGACGGCCCCAGAAGUCAUCAACUACGCAGACUACACCUUGGGGACCACAGAGGAGUCUGCUGCACCUGCCAGCCCCCAGGCCCAGAGUGAUAGUCGCCUCAAGAGGCAGGUCACAGAGGAACUGUUCAUCCUUCCUCAGAACGGUGUAGUUGAGGAUGUCUGUGUCAUGGAGACCUGGAACCCAGAGAAGGCUGCCAGCUGGAACCAGGCCCCCAAACUCCACUUCCGCCUGGACUAUGACCAGAAGAAGGCUGAGUUAUUUGUGACAAGCCUGGAAGCUGUCACCAGUGACCAUGAAGGAGGCUGUGACUGUUACAUCCAAGGCAGCGUGGCUGUCAAGACCGGCUCUGUGGAGGCACAGACAGCUCUGAAGAAGCGACAGCUGCACACAACCUGGGAGGAGGGCCUGGCCCUGCCCCUGGCUGAGGAAGAGCUCCCCACAGCUACCCUGACACUCACCCUGCGCACCUGUGACCGCUUCUCCCGCCAUAGUGUGAUUGGAGAACUCCGCCUGGGCCUGGAUGGAGCAUCUGUACCCCUGGGGGCAGCACAGUGGGGUGAGCUGAAGACCACAGCAAAGGAGCCAUCUGCAGGGGCCGGGGAGGUCCUUCUGUCAAUCAGCUACCUCCCAGCAGCCAAUCGCCUCCUGGUGGUGCUGAUUAAAGCUAAGAACCUCCACUCCAACCAAUCCAAGGAGCUUCUGGGAAAGGAUGUGUCUGUCAAGGUGACCUUGAAACACCAGGCUCAGAAGCUGAAGAAGAAACAGACAAAACGGGCCAAGCACAAGAUCAACCCCGUGUGGAACGAGAUGAUCAUGUUUGAGCUACCGGAUGACUUGCUGCGGGCAUCCAGUGUGGAGCUGGAGGUGCUGGGCCAGGGCGAGGAGGGGCCGAGCUGCGAGCUGGGCCACUGCAGCCUAGGCCUGCAUGCCUCGGGCUCUGAGCGCAGCCACUGGGAGGAGAUGCUAAAAAACCCACGCCGGCAGAUCGCCAUGUGGCACCAACUGCACCUGUAGUCAGCCGCCUGCCACCGGCCACUGACCAUCUUUCUUGGACACAGUCAUCUUCCAGGCUCAGCUGUCAGUCAUCCCUCGUGCUCUGUCCACAUGCCUAUACCCAAAGACAGAUGCAGACGUGUUGGCUGAGGCCAAGACCUCAUCCCUCUCUUACUGUAUUCCCAAUACUGAAAAGUGAGCGGUGGCGCCAGGACAGUGCGUGGGAUUGGCACUCAGAAGACAGCAUCAUACUCAUCUGUGUUGUGGAAAAAGAUGUGUGCCAGGUACCCUCAGUAGGCAGCCCCUGCUCACAUUGAUCUGAAGCAGCGGUUCUUAACCUGUGUAUCACGACCCUCUAUCUCCAAAAAAUAUUUACAUUAUGAUUCAUAACAGUAGCAAAAUUACAGUUACAAAGUAGCAGUGAGAACAAUGCUGUGGUUGGAGAUCACCAAAACACAAGAAACUUUCUUAUAGGGUCACAGCACUAGGAAGGUUGAGAAUCACUGGCUGGCCAGCAGGUCUCUGGGCCACUGGGGGGGGGGGGGCAUGCCACACUGAUGUUCCGGGUGGAAUACACAAGGCUUCUGUCCUUAGCUAGCACAGGGGUUCUGGAGCAGAGUAGGAGGGGCUGCGCUUGAUAAGAUCCCUUCUCCCCUAUCCAGGCAGCCUUUCCACGUGAUCUCCGGGGGCCCAGCACCAGGACAGUGUGAAGGCAGGAACUCUCUGCUUACUUUAUUUCUCCUUUUUUAUGUUUCUGCUGUUCGUAUUCCACUCUCGAGCUACAUUGUGUGUUUUGACUGUUUUAUUUAAGGGGUUGGAGUGGGUAGUGUUUGUUUUUUUAUCACACGUAGAGUGCCCGUCCCCUGGCAAGCCUAGGUUGCCACUCCUCUGGAGUGUCUGUGGCAUUCUGAGGACAGCUGUCAUGUCACACACACACACACACACACACACACACACACACCCGCUGACUCCGUGUGACAGACCUGUCCUUCUCAGUAUGCCCGUACUUCAGGACGAAGUAGCUCUGAGCUUGGCUUGUUCCAUCUGGCUAUGUAAACGAGGAGGUAGAUGAACUUUAAAGAGGAAACGUGGUCUCUUGAUAACAUGCCUCCCUCCAGUUUGGGGGACAUGCCCCUUUAACUUGGAAAUAACAAAAAGCUAGGUUUGAUUGCCCCUGUUGAUAUUUCCAAUAGAUGCCCCACUAGGAAUCAAAUAAGUAGCUAGCUGCAGGGGUAGAUACUUGUGAGCCAGAAUUCGAGUUGUCAGUACUUCCUUGCUCCACAGCGCCUCAGUGUGGCCACCUAUAGCACAGCACCAAUGUCAUGGGAGCUUGCCAGUCCAGCUUCAGGAGGUAAGCAAGAGGCAUCUUAGUGGGCAUCAAUUGUUACUGGUCACUUGGUGGCACUUCCUGGCUCCUCCGUUGGCUGUGCUUCUUCUCCAUAACCGCCUCUGUAAAUUGCUCCGAGAUGUUAGAUUGGUGAACCAAAAACUUUCAGUCACCUUUGACGUCAGCUUAAUCUGUUUCCAGCCAUGCCUGUAAGUCACCUCCGCAUCAGCUUGGGAAGGAACCUAUCUAUGUCUUUGCCAGGGAGUGAUUUCUGGAAAGAGGUGGAAAUAAAGUGAGAGGCCAUUCCAGGCUGGGCUACUGCUGGGAGGUUAGGAGUUCACCCCAGUCCUCUGUGAAUCCUCUCCCAAAGACAGCUAGGCAUCUAUUUGUUGAGUGUUUGUCCACCAGGACCGUGCAUGUGUCUGCCCAUUCUUAUUAGAGAAGGCUCUGGGGGGCGAAACAUCAGAUAAGAGGAGUCCGGGACUGCUGUUCAGGCCGGCAGCUCUCAGAUGUAAAGGGGCCCCGGGGAAGGGGCAGUGUCUGGCCUGAACUGAGGUGGGAGGAGUCUUUGGAGGAGAAAGUUCGUCCUGUGCAGUGCUUCUGCCCUUGCUGUUUCCUGUUGUUAGAUGCUGCGUGUUCGUGAUGCCAUCCCACAUAAAAGCACAAAAAGUCGCAUGAGACAUCGUGGUCACAUGUCUGGUUACACUUUGGAGCACAAAAUCUUACAGUGGUAAAUAAAUUGUUUUCCAAUGGGGUUGGCAGCCCAGUGUUUCUCUUUGUUCCUUUUCAUUAAUAUUUUAGAUGUAUAAAGUUCAGAAAAAAAAAUCUCGUGUAUCAAGCACCCAUGAACCUCUGCCAACUUCAAUAAACCUUGACGACCACA